UCGUUUGAAAUCUAACACCACAAAUUGAUCAAUGAUGUUGAAAAGAGUGGCGUCCCGUGUAUUAGUCCAGUUAAAAAAUCAGUAUCACAGUGGAAAUGUCACAAAAAUUGGCAUUAUCGGCGUUCCUUUCGAUAAAGGUCAACCGAAAUUGGGAGUCGCCAACGGGCCCAAAGUAAUACGAGAGGCCGGACUCGUCGAACAUUUAUCUGGAAUACAUGAGUUCAUGGACAUAAAAGACUACGGCGAUGUUUCCUACAACAUUGCUAAAUUGGACGAAAUGCCCAACAUGAAGGAGUAUGCGCAUGCAGCUUCCUGCAAUCUGGAAGUGUCGAAAAGCGUCCAAAACGUACUUAAUGACGGACGUAUUUGUCUGACUUUGGGAGGAGAUCAUGCCAUAGCUGUAGGAACAGUGGACGGCCACAUAAAGGCGAAGAACGAAGACGUGUGCGUCCUCUGGAUAGACGCCCACGCCGACUUAAACACCAACAAGACCUCCAGUUCAGGAAACAUUCAUGGCAUGCCUAUGGCCUUGCUGGCCAGGGAACUGUCCGAUUACUGGCCGUACCUGCCCGGCAUGGACUGGCAACAACCUGUAAUUUCCAUUAGGAACGUCGCCUACAUAGGUUUAAGGUCGGUGGACUCGUACGAACGACUGGUCAUAGACAAACUCGGAAUAACAGCUUUCGGCAUGGAAGACGUGGAGAAUUACGGCAUCAGCUCCGUAGUUAAUAUGGCACUGGAAAGGAUUGAUCCGGAAGGAAAGAGGUCGAUACACGUAAGCUACGACAUUGACUCCCUCGACUCUCUGGAAGCUCCCAGCACCGGAACUUCUGUCCGAGGAGGAUUGACUUUAAGGGAAGGUAUUCACAUAAUGGAGACUGUGUAUAAAACUAAAAGACUUGGAGCUGUGGAUUUGGUGGAGGUCAACCCAAGUAUUGGAACUGAACAAGAUGUGAAAAGAACUGUUGAAGCUGCCAUUCACAUUUUAGCAUCCGCUUUUGGGUACAGUCGAAGGGGACUGUUGCCUAGAAGUAGUCUUCCACUUCAAACGUUCCCUCCCAAACAGACUAUUAAAAUUUAAUUUAUUAAAACAAUUACAAUAACAAUCUACUAAUUAUAUCUAUUUUGUAUAAUAAUUCAAUCAUAUGUAAGAUAAAAUAUAUAUA